CCUUUAAAAAGACAUAGUAAAAAUUUGUUGAUCAAAUUCACUCAGCGAAAACAAUGGCGAAAGAAAUAGAGAGAAAUCAAGAAGUACAUAAAGCAAAAACUGUUGUACAUGAUGAUGAGUUGAACGAGCUGACUCAGCAACCAACUUCAGAAGCAAGAGGAGUUCGCUCCAAAUACUCUGAUAUUCAAAACCGUAUUUGUGAGGGAAAAGAUGAAAUAGCGAAUGUUGAUUCUGAGAAGUUUAAGGAAAUUAUGAAAGAUAUUGAAAACUCUCAUUAUGAAGUGAAAAAGCCAAGAGAGCAAGUUGCAGAUGCAGAGGCAUUGUUUGAUCUCACCAAAACUUUGGCGGCUUCUGUUAGAUCACAUUCCACUGGUGUUACACCUUAUAUAUUCAUUUCCUCUUUGCUUGAUGUUUUUGGGACACAACGUCCAAAAGGUCAUUCUGUGAAUGCAAAUGCACUUUGGAAAGAUAUUGGGCUGGCUGUUUCACCAAUUUUUACGAAUGCUGGAGGUUGCCUCACUAUGCUUGGACCCAUGAACUGUGAAUUUAAGUGUCGGAAGGUUACACGUAGACCACGGACAAAGGUGCACUCACGUGCUCGUCCAAAGGAGCUUGAAGUUAAUGCUGAGGAGAAAACAGAUACAGACAAGAACAUAUCAACCAUGUUUCAGAUCCUAAGGAAGAAGCGAGUUAAGCUUGAGAGUCUCAUAAUGAACAGAAAAUCCUUUGCGCAAAGCAUUGAGAAUUUAUUUACACUAUCUUUUCUAGUGAAAGAUGGACGGGUUUUCGUAGAUUUGGAUGAAAGUGGAUCUCAUUUUGUCUCUCCUAGGAAUGGUCCUGCUGCCGCUGCAGUUAAGUCUGGUGAAGUUAAAUACAGCCACUUUGUCUUCAGAUUGGAUUUUGCUGAUUGGGAGCUGAUGAAGAAUGUGGUACCAGAAGGAGAAGAGCUGAUGCCAAACAGGGACAUAUCGAUGAAUCCAGGCAUUACUGAAGCUAAACCUGUUCUAAUCAAUGAUUCUCGACCAAUAUUAAAUGUCACUUGGGUCAAGAAAUUUUCAAGGAACCGUGGCAAGGUUUUACGCGAAGCGUCAGAAGUUGACGAUUCAUAUGAAAUUGGUGAUGCAAACAUUUGCAAUGGUAGCCUGAAGAGGAAGUUACUAUAAGGUUGGAGAUAUCUGUAUAUUCCAAAUAGGCUAUUUUGGUGUAAAUAAGAAAUGCAGACCUCAUUAAUUUGCUAAGGAUCAAUUUUAGCUGCCUUGUUCUCUGGUAAGGUAGAGUUAGUUAAUGAGUAGUUCUUUUGGAUGUAAAGCUGCUGGAUCUGAGGCUUUCAUAUCAUAGGGACUGAUCAAUAUUUCCCUGUUAAAAGUUCUUAAAUCAUUACCCCUUUCUAAUCACAUUAGU